AUGGUAUCUGAAAUCUUCAAGCCAUCGUGUCGGUCUCGUGGCAAUCCCGUUGAUUACUGUGUACACAAACACGAAUUCGAGAAAUUAUUUUGCUUUGAGGAUAAGGACGAAAAUGGGUGGUUAGGUAAGGUGAAGUUAAAACGAAAGGUUUGA